AUGGCACAAGCACCUGUUUCAGCUGAUGUUCUUCAACAGUUAGCCCCUGUUCUCACCAGUCUUUUAUCGUCUGACAACAACCAAAGAGCUUCCGCUGAAGCACAGUUGAACGAUAAUUGGGUUGCUCAACAGCCUGAUCUGUUGCUUCUUGGACUCGCUCAGUUUGUUGCUAAUAACAGUGAACUUCAACUUCGCUCUCAUUGUAGUGUUCUCUUGCGUCGUUUAGCUUACAAGCAAUUCACCACAAGCGCCAAUCCCGAUACUCGUCUUUGGGAUAUCGUCCAAGAAUCCACCCGUUUGGGUGUCAAGGAACUCUUGUUGAUUGCACUUGCCAAUGAGACUGAUCAAAGCACUAGACACAAGAUUUCCGACACCAUUGCUGAAGUUGCCAGAUCUGAUUUGAGUGACGGAAACAAGUGGGAUUCUUUGUUGAAGGCCUUGUUUGAGUGCUCUCAAUCUCCCAAUGCUGCUCUCAGAGAGUCAGCUUUCCGCAUCUUUGCAUCCGUUCCUGAGCUCAUUGCUGGUCAACACACUGAUGCCCUCAAGAAUGUCUUUUUGACUAGUUUGACUGAUGCCGAAAGUCAAUCUGUUCGUUUGGAGGCCAUGAAGGCUGCUGCUGCAUACAUCAUUCAAGCUGAUGAAACUGUUCAAAAAAGCUUAGGUGAUUUGAUGCCUCACAUGCUCGAUCCCUUGUCCCCUAUUAUUGCUGCUCGCGAUGAUCAAGUUCUCGUUGAUGCACUUGUGGUUCUUAUCGAGCUGGGUGACACCUGUCCCAAGCUCUUCCGUCCCGUCUUUGCCAACGUCCUGACCGUCAUGGUCUCCAUCGCCAAAGACAAGUCAUUUGACGAUCGUGCUCGUCAUACUGCUCUCGAGCUCUUGUUGACCUUGUCUGAAGCUGCUCCUCCCAUGGCCCGCAAGACCCCCAAUUUUGCCACUGAAAUUAUUCCUGUUGCCAUGGAGAUGAUUACUGAUAUUGAUGAUGAUGAAUCUUGGUACACCACUGACGAUUUGGAAGAGGACGAUAGCGAGGAGAACCAUGUGAUGGGUGAAAGCACUUUGGACAGAAUUGCCCGUACAUUGGGUGGUAAGACUGUUGUACCUGUCGCUUUCCAAUAUAUUCCUCAAAUGCUUCAAUCUGGUGAAUGGCAACAACGUCGUGCUGGUCUUAUGGCCAUUUCCUCUAUCGGUGAAGGUUCCAUCAAGAUCAUGAAGCCUGAACUCUCCAACAUUAUCAACAUGAUUUUGCCUUCUUUCAAGGAUGCUCACCCUCGUGUGCGUUACGCUGCUUGUAACGCUAUCGGUCAAAUGUCCACUGAUUUCUCUCCUUACAUCCAAAAGCACUUUCACGAAACUGUCAUCAGCGCUCUCUUGCCUGUCAUGGAGGAUGCUCAACCUCGUAUUCAAGCCCAUGCUGCUGCUGCCAUGGUCAAUUUCUGUGAGGAAGCUGACAAGAAGAUCUUGGACCCUUACCUUGAUGCUAUCUUUGAGCGUCUCUUGAUCCUCCUCAAGACCUCCAAGACCUAUGUUCAAGAACAAGCCAUCACCACCAUCGCUACUGUCGCUGAUUGUGCUGAAGACCGUUUCAACAAGUACCACAGUGUCAUUAUGCCUCUUUUGCUCGAUAUCCUCCGUCAAGCCAGUGAUAAACAAUACCGUCUUUUGCGUUCUAGAGCCAUUGAGUGUGCUUCUCUCAUCGGUCUUGCUAUUGGAAAGGACGUCUUUGCACCUUAUACUGCCGACUUUAUCAACAUCCUCGCUGAAAUCCAACAAUCUGUCACUGAUGCUGAUGAUGUACAAACCACCUACCUUUUGGCCGCCUGGGCUCGUAUGUGUAAGAUGAUGGGUCAAGACUUCUUGCCCUAUCUCCCCAACAUCAUGCCUCCUCUUUUGCAAUCUGCCAAGCUUACCCCUGAAUUCACUUUUGUGGAUCCUGAGGAAGAGGAUGUCGAUUCCAAGUACCCUACUGACGACGGCUGGGAGUUUGUCGGCAUCAACGGUCAACAAAUCGGUAUCAAGACCUCUGUUCUGGAAGAAAAGCACACUGCUAUCGAGAUGCUCGUCUCUUACGCUCGUGAUUUGGGAGCUGGUUUCUUGCCUUAUGUCGCUCAAGUGCUCGAGAUUGCCUUGCCUUUGUUAAAGUUCUACUUCCACGAUGGUGUCAGACAUGCCGCUGCUGCUCUUAUUCCCGUUCUCCUCAAAGAUGCCAAGGAUGCCAACGUUGCUCCUGGUGAACUCGCCAACAUGUGGAACACCAUCUUUGAGAAGCUCGCUAAAAUUAUGACCAUUGAAGACGAUAUCACUUUCUUGGCUCAAACCUAUGCCACUUUCUCUGAAUGUUUGGAUGUUUUGGGUGAACACUGUCUCCAACCUGCUCAAAUCGAGAGCUUUGUCAAGGGCACUGAAGAACAAUUAACCAAGUUCUUGGAACGUUUGACUGAGCGUGAACAAGAAAAGCAAGCUGGCGAGUACGAUGCUGAGGAUGAAGAGCAACUCGCUGAUGAAGAGGCCACCGAGGAGGAUGCCUUGAGCGAAUUAGCCCGUGCUAUGCAAUCUCUGUUCAAGGCUCUCGGUCCCAACUUUUUGCCUUACUUUGACAAGAUGUUGCCCUUGAUUGUCCAAUUCUUAUCUCAUCCCAAUAACGCUGCUCGUCAAUGGGCUAUUUGCGUGUUUGAUGAUCUCGUAGAAUUCACUGGACCCGCCUCCUUCAAUUACUCCAACUACUUUUUGCAGGCAAUGGUUGCUGGUGUCUCUGACAAAGCUACUGAAGUUCGCCAAGCCUCUGCUUAUGGUGUCGGUAUCAUGGGCCAAUUCGGUGGUCCUCAAUACGCUGAUGCUUGUGCUGCCGCUUUGGAACAUUUGUUUGCUCUAAUCAACGCUCCCGAUGCCCGUGAAGAUGGCACUGUCUACGUUACUGAAAAUGCUAUCUCUGCCAUUGCCAAGAUUUGUAAAUUCAACAGCUCCAAGUUCCAAUUAGAGCCUGUGUUGGCUGCAUGGUUUGCUACCUUACCCAUCUUAAACGACGAUCAAGAAGCACCUAUUGUAUACACUUACUUGCUUGAUCUCUUGGAAGCCAACCAUCCUAGUAUCUUGGGUCCCAACAAUGCUAACAUCCCUCAACUCGUCAAGAUCUUCACUGAAGUAUUGGCUGCUGAUAUCUUAUCUCCUGAAUUAGCUGCUCGUAUGGUGAAUCAUUUAAAAGUGAUCUUGGGUGGCCUGGAUGAAAACACUCGCAAUCAAUUAUGGAACGCUAUUUCUGUCGAAACAAGAACCAUCCUUCAAAAGAAGGGUUAUGUAUAA